UAAAUGUAAGCCCAAUAAAACAAGGCCCAAUAAACUCUCGUCAUCGUCUCAAUACAAAAUACAUACAUAUACAGUUUUACACACAACACAAAACAACUCUCCUCCAUCACGACUCCUAAACUAUGGCGAAUGCGGCAUCUGGUAUAGCUGUACAUGAUGACUGCAAAUUGAAGUUUUUAGAACUGAAGGCUAAAAGAACUUACCGCUCGAUUAUUUUCAAAAUUGAAGAGAUACAAAAGCAGGUCACUGUAGAAAAGGUUGGAGAUCCAGCUGAAAGCUAUGAAGACUUCGCUGCAAGCCUCCCUGCUGAUGAGUGUCGAUACGCUGUUUAUGAUUACGAUUUUGUGACCCAGGAAAAUUGCCAAAAGAGCAGGAUUUUCUUCAUUGCUUGGUCUCCAGAUACGGCUAAGGUGAGAAGCAAAAUGAUUUACGCAAGCUCCAAGGAGAGGUUCAAGAGAGAGCUUGAUGGUAUUCAGGUAGAGUUGCAAGCCACUGAUCCUACUGAAAUGGACAUGGAUGUGAUUAAAAGCCGAGCUGCCUGAGCUGUCUAUUUUUUCCGGUGGUUCUAUGCCUUUCACUAAUGUUGAAUGUCUAUAUAUGUUGUGUGGAACUUAGUAGGUGUUUAGGUAUAGUAUCGCUCUUAUCUGUGGAACCUUUUCCUUGUCGAAUAUUUCAGAAUCUCAAGUAUGUUAUAUACCAUGAAUGUUAUGUUUUCAUCUUCAA